UUUAAAAUAACGGAUUAUCUACAAAAUAACUCAAGGGAAUUCAGUGAAGAUUUUCACGUGGUGGAGUUACCCACGUGCGAUGGACUUUGCAAGGAAACAAUUGGAGAAAUAUGGCUGGGAGGAAGGUAAAGGUUUAGGUAAAGAUGAGACUGGCAUGACAACAGCAAUCAAGCCAAAACUCAAGUAUGACAACACUGGCCUAGGUCAUGACAUUGCAAAGGAUUUCACAAAUAACUGGUGGGACAAUGUUUACAAUAAUGCCAGCAAGAAUAUUGAGAUUAAAAAAGAUGAAGGCAAUGAGGUUAAGAUGAAUUUAAAGAAUGGAGAGUCUGUUGAGAUCUCAACUAAAACCUAUUCAGUCAGAGACUUUAAAAAGAAUAAUGAUAAAUUGGCAUAUGGCACAUUCCUGAGGACCUCUCAACUGACAACUAAAGGAGUGGUUGAUUUUGAAAAUGUACCAGAGGCUCCGAUACCUCAGAAAGUUGUUAACCUUACAGACGAUGAAUUGUUUGCUGCAUGUGGAGGAAGGACAGCACAUAAAGGUGCAAGACAUGGUAUAAAACAAUCUGGAAAGUUGUCUAGAAUAGAUAAACAGGAGAAAUUACUAUUGAAAAGACUGCAACGUGUUUCGAUCUCCGAGGAUGAGGAUGCUAAGACCGAGAAGAAAUUGAAGAAGCUUGCCAAAAAUAAAGAUAAGAUUGCUGGACAGGAGGAAGCUGUAGAUGCUUCUAAUAAGAAGAAGAAACGCAAGAAGAAGAGAAAGUCGGUGUCGUUCAGCGAAACGGUUACAGAAUAUCAUACACAAGAGCAAGAUACGAGUUCGCAAAGUAACGAGAGCCUCGAACCUCCAGUUAUUUUGCAGACGAAAAUCAAAGAUCAGACGGAGGAGCCAAAUAACCAGGAUGAGGGCAUCGAGCAGGAUUGUGAUAUGAAGACUGGUGACUUCAGCAAUCAGCAGUGCUUUGAGGUCGUACAGAAAUCCAAGAAGGAAAAGAAAAAGAAGCGAGCCACUGAACGCUUCCUCGAAGCGAUUGCCGGUCAAGAAGUUAUGGAAAAGUGCAAGAGAAAGCAUGACGAGGACUGCGAGGAUCUGAUAACAAAGAAACGAUGCGAGGAGAUCUCUUCGAAAUCACUUCGUAAGAAAAAGAAAAAGAAGAAGUUGGCUGAAAAGGCGGCUAUCAUCAAUUCCAUUGCUGACUCGCUGGAUCAAGUCUGUAAAAUAUCAGACACCGAGUAAGUUACUGCAUUGUAUUUAAGAAAUCUUGUCUCUAUGUGGUAUUUUUC